AUGUCUGCGUCUAACUGGCGGACGGUGCCAACUCCGCUGGAAGAGGUACCUGUCGACCCUGACGUAAGGGAAAAAGAGACGGAAAGAAUUAAAAGGAAAGUGAGAUGGUAUGAAGGUAUUAGACCCCACUUGAGAAAUAAAUCGGCAAGCUCGACGUAUGAAAAGGCGAAGCGCGAUUGGAAUGCACAUAUCGACAAACGUACAUGGAGAAACCAUGGUCUUAUUACUCGUCGUCUAGAGGAAGAUUAUCUCACCGCGAGAUCAAACCUUGAUAUCGGGGGAAACAAUGCAAAGGAAUCCGCAACAGUAGGAUUCUUUGAGCGAUGGUUAAACGACGUAUUUUCGGAACAACGUGCAAGGAAGGGUCCAGAAAAACAAGCGGAUAAUUUACUGGGUUAUAUCACUCAUUACAUGCUCCAACAGCCUUUGAUGAUGAUUGAAGCAAAAAGACAUCCAAAAGGCAGAGACUACAUGACACCAGGUGAACUUGCCGAGGUCGAGAAUCAAGUAGAAGGAUAUUGUCGCCAAUGGCUGAAGGAUAACCCUGAUAUACUUUUUAUGUAUGCAGUCACAUGUGCAUCGACAGAAAUGAGAUUUUGGAUCAUGAAAAGAAGCAGAGAUAUGGAAAGGGCCAAGAUUGUGGGACUGUGGGAACCGAGUGAACGGACAUGGGCCCAAUAUAGAGACCCGGGGUUGGAUUGCGAUGCCGAAAUUAUAAGUGCCGCAAUCGAUCUGAUUAAGGAUAACCCGAAUGGUUCGGACGCGGCAAUUACUUCAGCUAGUGAAUCUCAAUCGCAAAGUGAUAGAGCCCCAUCCGCAGUUCCAAGUAAAGUAACAGGAGGAACAAGUGGGUCGAGACGUGAAACUCCAAGUGGGAAUGGAAGAGGCGAUAGAAGUAGAAGCAGAGAUAGAAGGGGCGAUAGACGAGAUGAUCAGCAUUCAAGCCAAGAAGAGACUCCUGAAGAGCAAUCAGAAAGACGCAGACGGAGAGAAAGAGAAAGAGCAAAAGAAUCUGAAAGAAGAGAUAAAGAGGAAGGUAAAGAAAAAGAACCAAGAAGGUCCGAAAGGGGAGAAAGGAGAGAAAGGGGAGAAAGGGAGAAAGACAGAUCUGAAAGAAGAGAUAAAGAUGAAGGUAAAGGAAAAGGAAAACAACCAGAAAGGUCUGAAAGAAGAGAUAAAGAGGAAGACAGAAGAGAACAACGUGAGACCUCUGACAAGUCGCGCUCACUACAGCCAAGCAACCCAAUCGAUAUAUCUCGAUCAUCCUCGAGAGUAGAUGCUAGAAGACCCAUUACAACAGAUGGGCGUCGAAAUUUAGCUGCAAGUUCCAGUCCUGAGUAUAUACAGAUGCCGAUACGUGGACCCCGCCGCGAAAGAGGCGAUACAGAAAGAGGUGAUAGAGAGAGGGGCGGAGAAAGAGGUGAUAGAGAAAGAGGUGAUAAAGUAAGAGGUGAAAGAGAAAGAGGUGACAGAGAAAGGGGUGACAGAGAAAGAGACAGAGGCGAGCAAGCUCCUCCCAGAGUUGAGAGGAGAGCAGAACCUUCGCGUAGCAGCAGAACUGCAGAACCAAGAACACGCGACUCUCUUAGUACUGUUCCAUCGACUUCAUCGGAUGAUCGAAAUACUUCUAGUAGUGAUAAUCGACCACUACGAUCUAGGAGUACAAAAAAGGUUGUUGAAGACCCAUCAAAAAAUUCGAGGCGAGACAAGCCGUCUGGAAGUGGAUAUAUUGGAUAG